GCUAGAGGUGCAGGGCUGUGUUCGUGGACUCUGGGCAGUCGACACGAAUGGAGCUGUGCAGUCUGACUGGGUGAAGGAAGUGACUGCUCAUGGGAGUGAAAGAAAGUCCAAAGUCCAAACCUGAGGACCUGAUGAUCUGUCUGAAUAUAAAAGAGACCCUGAGUGUGACUAGCAGCACACACACACACACACACACACACACACACACACACUGAGUCAUGACCCUUCCACCCAUCACAGGCACAGACACAAAUUCAACAAACACAGAUUUUUGCAAAUACUUUUAACAAAUAGCCUACUACAUCAUAUUGAAACUCUUAAUGAGCAGAUACACACAAGCAAUACAUGUACACAACAUUCAAGGACAUCUCAAGUCAUGGGGCAUCUCAGCAGACACUUUUGAGACCACUUCAAUUAUUAAGGACUCACUCACACAUCCACACAUCCACACACAUACACACACACACACACACACACACACACACACACACCACUGGCUGCACUGAUAAAGCUGCUGUUUAUAGCUGCACCAGAGGACCGACUUGCUGUUCCCACAUCCAAACUGCAUUUGGCACGAAGAAGAUGCACUAACUGAGAUCGCAUCACAAAAUUCUUGGUAAUGGACGUGCUCCACAGCUCCGGUUUGAGCAGCACAUACUACCUGCAGACCCACUUCAGCCACAGCCAGGGCUACUUCCUUUCAGUCUCCAAGGCAACAGACCUACGCAACACCUUCUUCCUGUUGUUUCCCAUAUGGUUUUAUGUACGGAAAGCUGACGCCAUCAGACUGGUGUGGGUGGCAGUGGUGGGAGACUGGCUCAACCUGAUGCUGAAAUGGCUUCUGUUUGGAGAGCGUCCCUAUUGGUGGGUUCAGGAGACGGGUUACUAUGGCAACACCUCCCAGCCAAUGAUAGAGCAGUUCCCCAUGACCUGUGAGACUGGGCCAGGAAGUCCGUCGGGUCAUGCCAUGGGGGCUGCAGCGGUCUACUACACCAUGAUGUCAUCACUCCUCGCCACAGUGCUGAAGAAAGAAGGACAUCAAAUCAGGAAAUGGUGUGUGCGUGUCUCACUGUGGACACUGUUCUGGUGCGUGCAGCUGUGCGUGUGCCUCUCCAGGGUCUUCGUCGCGGCUCACUUCCCACAUCAGGUCAUCACAGGUGUUUUCAUAGGUAUCCUGGUGGCAGAAGCUCUCAGCCGGACCCAGCAGAUCUACAAGGCCGGCCUGUGUUCUUACCUCCUCACUUCCCUGCUCCUCCUCUCCCUGGCUCUCCUCCUUUACCUGUGCCUCCAGCUGGUAGGCGUCGACCUCCUCUGGAGUGUGGAGAAAGCGCGGUGCUGGUGCCACCGAGCGGAGUGGGUCAGCGUGGACACCAGCCCCUUGGCCAGCUUGUUCAGAAACACUGGGACUCUGUUGGGCCUGGGCCUGGGGCUCCACUCCCCUCUGCAUGCAGUGGUGGGCAGGGGGUCUGAGGGCGCCAUCUACAGAUCCAUCUGUUUGAGUACAACGCUGGUGCUGCUGCAGUUAUUUGACUCUGCUUUUAGGCUCCCUGUCCACAGUGGAGCUCUAUUCUACCUGCUGUCGUUCUGUAAAAGUGCCACGGUGCCUCUGGCUACUGUGGCUGUCGUUCCCUACUGUGUCACUGCAGCCUUGGGAUACAAAGGGAAGAAGCUGCUUUGAGUCGGGUGGCCUUACAUAACAUGUACUGUUGGCCAGUGGUUGAACGUAACUACAUUUACUCAAGUACUGUACUUCAGUACAAAUGUUGAGGUACUUGUACUUUACUUGAGUCUUUUCUUUUCAUGCCACUUUC